CACAUCUUCCACUCCGCAGCCAGACUUUUUCCUCCCCACCAUCCCGUACCUUUCCUCUUCCUUCCCGAUCCACUCCUCCCCUCACGCUGCUCUCAUACUCUGACCUACCCAAGCUCCAUUCCAGUUCCAAUCCAAACCCAACGAGUUUCUAAAAUCUUCUCCCGUACUCCACCGCCGCCGUGCCCUAGAGCUGCCGCCGUGCCGAGCUAAGCUUCACCGCCGGCGCCUCACACCCCCCAACUCCUUCGCCUCUCACGCGCUUCGCCUCCAUCGCCGUCCUCGUUCUACCCCAUCGCGUCGCCGCUGACUCCACCCCCGCCUGCAUAUUGGACAUCGGUUUUUGAGAUCCGCCCUGGCCUCCUCGGCGGCCGAGAGGAGCCGCUCCGGGCUCGGGUCAGGUUUCCGGUACCUCACCGGAGCCGCCACCGGGUGGUGGGACCGGUGGAUGGUCAUGGGAGCCAGCGGCUCCAAGCUCGAGAAGGCCCUCGGCGACCAGUUCCCUGAAGGCGAGCGCUACUUCGGCCUCGAGAACUUCGGCAACACCUGCUACUGCAACAGUGUACUCCAGGCACUUUAUUUUUGCACUCCAUUCAGGGAGCAGCUACUGGAAUAUUAUAUGAAUAAUAAAAAUCCGGGAGAUGCAGAGGAAAAUCUUUUGACUUGUUUGGCAGAUCUUUUCAUGCAGGUAAGUCAAUCAAAGAAAAAGACAGGCGUUAUUGCUCCAAAACGUUUUGUCCAAAGAGUGAAGAAACAAAAUGAAUUAUUUCGCAGCUACAUGCACCAGGAUGCUCAUGAGUUCUUAAAUUUUCUGUUGAAUGAGCUUGUUGAUAUUCUGGAGAAAGAGUCCAGUGCUGCGAAGGACUCACCCCAAUCAUCAUCUCCUGAAAAAGUUCCAAAUGGGCCAGUUCAACCUUUGGCCAAUGGAGUUAAAAAAGAACCACCUGUUACCUUGGUCCAUAAGAAUUUCCAGGGCAUACUGACCAAUGAAACCAAAUGCUUAAGAUGUGAGACAGUAACUGCAAGGGACGAAACGUUUUUUGAUCUGAGUGUUGACAUCGAGCAGAAUAGUUCCAUUACAAGCUGCCUGAAAAAUUUCAGCUCCACUGAGACUUUAAAUGCCGAGGACAAAUUCUUCUGUGACAAAUGUUGCAGUUUGCAAGAAGCACAGAAGAGAAUGAAGAUCAAGAAGGCUCCCCAUAUAUUGGUGAUCCACCUAAAGCGCUUUAAGUACAUUGAGCAGCUUGGGCGGUAUAAGAAGCUUUCGUAUCGGGUUGUCUUCCCCAUGGAGCUGAAGAUCAGCAGUACAUCUGAUGAUGUGGAUACUGAAUACUCUCUCUUUGCUGUGGUGGUCCAUGUUGGAAGCGGCCCCAAUCAUGGCCAUUAUGUAAGCCUCGUAAAAAGCCACAACCACUGGUUGUUCUUCGAUGAUGAAAACGUGGAGAUGGUUGAAGAGUCAACCCUGCAAACAUUCUUCGGUUCUUCGCACGAAUACUCAGGCAACACAGAUCAUGGAUACAUCUUGUUUUACGAGGGCCUUGGUGCGAAGAGUUUAGGUUGAUUUUCCCUGUUGUUUUUCUUUUCUCUUUCUUUGGAGCAUGCAAGUUUACUGUUGUAUGUACACAGCUAUUUCACCACCUCCAUGGGAAAUUGUUAAUCUCAGAGAUUGUGAGUAUGAACCUGAGGAAAGCCAGAUUUUUUGUGGUUCUAGUGUACAGCGGAAAAUGGAACCUUGCUCCAGUGAUGAUGAAAUAAGGCGCAAGUCAUAAAGUACGCUCGACUAUACUUCCCACCGACAUUCUUACAAAGGAAUGUAACAAUGCAUUGGGUUCUGUAUGUUGAUUCUAAUUUGAGAUUUUUAUGGACUAGAUUUAGCCA